AUGGCUGCACUGAGUUGUCUUUUGAACAGUGUCAGAAGGGACAUCAAGAAGGUGGACAGAGAACUAAGGCAACUGAGAUGCAUCGACGAAUUCAGCACACGAUGCCUGUGCAACUUAUACAUGCACCCCUACUGUUGCUGUGAUCUGCACCCAUAUCCCUACUGCCUGUGCUACUCGAAGCGAUCCCGCGCCUGCGGCCUGUGCGAUCUCUAUCCAUGCUGCACGUGUGAUGUCAAGCUUGACUGUCUCCAACCAUCUCUCAGAAGUUUGGAAAGGAAAGCCAUUAGAGCCAUAGAAGAUGAAAAGAGAGAGCUUGCCAAACUGAGAAGAACAACAAAUAGAAUUCUACCCUCCUCUUGCUGUAGCAGUAACGUAUUAGGAUCGGUUAACGUAUGCGGCUUUGAACCUGACCAAGUCAAAGUUCGAGUGAAAGACGGAAAGGUGUGUGUGUCAGCCGAGAGGGAGAACAGGUACGACUGCCUUGGAUCGAAAAAGUACAGCUACAUGAACAUCUGUAAGGAGUUCAGCCUGCCCCCGUGUGUGGAUGAGAAAGACGUAACCUACUCCUACGGGCGCGGCAGUUGCAUCAACAUCGAGUCUCCCUGCUACCCGUGCACUUCUCCUUGCAGCCCCUGCGGCCCCUGCAACCCCUGCGGCCCCUGCGACCCCUGCGACCCCUGCAACCCAUGUGACCCUUGCAACCCGUGCCAUCCCUGUGGAAGCCGAUUCCCCUGUAGGAAGAUGAUUUUGUAA